ACUCCGUGACUUUAGCUCUUCGUCAGUUGCGUACUCUUCCGUUCAAGCAGCUUGUGACAUUUUUUUCUGUUACUACAAGAUGUUUACUUGGAUGAGCCGUGCGAAUUUCAACGAGGAUCCCGAUAAUUCCGCGUGCAAAGCCACCAUGAAACUGCUAAGGAGGCAACAGUAACUGGAAGGACUACAUAGCAACACAGGUCUAGUAGAGGUGCCAUGGAUGAUGAAGAGCGUCUUGAGGGUGAGGAAGAAAUGGAAUUAGAUGAAGCUUCUGAUGGCGAAGAUGAAGAUGAGGAAACAACAGGAAUUCCUGUCUCUCCAGCAAAUUCUGAUCAGUUGCUUGGCUCAGCACCACCAAUUUCUGGUAACAAGGAAGCACAAAAGUUUGUUUCUCUUGCAGUAACCCCAGAUGAAGCUUUUCAUGAUCCUUUACGGUACCAGAAAUUUCCACUUCCUGGAGGUAAACCUUUAAGUAUUAGAAGGGGUCCAGGUAGACCUAGAAAAGAACGUCCACCUGGAAUUACACGUGGUAGUGGUACUCGUAGACCCUUCGGAAGAGGAACUAAUAGAGGCAAAGGUCUUGGGUAUGCAAGAGGUGUACCACGCCGUACUAAAAGUAAAGAUGAUGAUACACAUUCAGAGUCUCCAAGUCCUCUUCGCCUUGGUGAGGAUGCUGCUCCUGACGGGGAGUCAUCCAAUGCCGAGAGAUGUAUGCCAGCACCAGAAGAGCCUCCAUAUUUUCCAGAACAAUGGCCAGGAAAAGUAUGUGCUCUGUGUAAUUUGGGUGAACGAAGUCAACUAGGUCAAGGUGAAUUAUUAAGAUUUACCUGCCCUGAAGGUUUUACUCCUGAGAAGUCCACCAAUCGUGACGAAACAACUGAUCAUCUAGUUGAUAUAUCUACUGGAGACAAAAGUCCGCGUGCAGCAGGUCCUGGUGCUGUGACUUGCCGUAGGCAGAAGAGUCUAGCUAAGUGCAGGAAUACUAGUCUAACAAAUUUUACGGAACCAGUGGAGGAAUUAACUAUAGUUGGGUAUUCAGAAGAACCCGAAAUAGGAACAUUAUUUGAAUCGACUGGGCACUAUUACGUUCAUCAAUCAUGUGCAGUAUGGUCAAGCAAUACCCAAGAGUUAACAACAGAAAUGUUAAGCCCAGCAAUAGUGCAGGCUUCGUCAAGGCGUUGUGCUUAUUGUUCUCAUUAUGGAGCUGGAAUUCCUUGCAAAGUGGCAUCGUGCAAUCGUUAUUUUCAUUUACCAUGUGCUGCAGCUUCAAGUUGCUUCCAGGAUACAAAGAGCUUGUCCCUCUUUUGCAGUCAACAUUUGGGACAAGUUCCACUUUUGUUGAACGGUGAUGUUACUUGUAUGCAGUGCUGUGGAAUGGGGGAUGUUUCCAAUCUAGUAAUGUGUUCUAUCUGCGGCCAACAUUACCAUGGCAGUUGUGUUGGUUUGGCACUACUGCCUGGUGUACGGGCUGGCUGGCAAUGUGUAUCUUGCAGAGUAUGUCAAGUGUGUCGUCAACCAGAAGAUGUUUCAAAAGUAAUGUUGUGUGAACGUUGUGAAAAAGCGUAUCAUCCUAGUUGUUUACGACCAAUUGUUACAUCUAUACCUAAAUAUGGUUGGAAGUGUAAGUGUUGCCGUGUAUGUACAGACUGUGGUUCGCGUACACCAGGCGCUGGUCUUUCAUCACGGUGGCAUUCUCAUUACACCGUAUGUGAUUCGUGUUACCAACAAAGGAACAAAGGUUUUUCGUGUCCUCUUUGUAGAAAGGCAUAUCGGGCUGCCGCGUAUAGAGAAAUGGUUCAAUGUAGUGCAUGUAAAAAGUUUGUUCAUGGUACCUGUGACCCUGAGGCUGAUCCAUUAACUUACCAGCAUCGUAAGGAUUCUAAACCUGACUAUGAAUAUGUUUGUCCACACUGCAAAAACAUGGCACUUGUAAAAAGGAAAGAUAAUAUUGACGAUUACGGUGGAGAUUUAAGUUUAAGUGCGUCGCAAGAGAGUCUGUAUGGUGACGGAGAUUCAUCUGAAUUUGAUUAUCAAGGUGGAUCAGAGGAAGCACUCUAUUCUAUAGGUCUUGGAAAGGGGAAACCAUUCUGUGCAUCUAAGAUUGCAAAGAAGAAAUUAGGACUCGGCAGUGGAUUAAUUGGUCGACCGAAAGGGAUUGGUAAGCUUGGAUACCAAAAACGACAAAAGAUGACAGAAUUUGGAAGAAAAAGAGGCCCCAAAGCAAAAAUGAGAGGUAUCUUCGGAGUACCUGGUGUAGGAUUACAGAGACCAAUGUCAGACUCAUUUUCAAAGGAAGAUGAACCAGGCAUUGAAAAUAGACUUGUAUUAUGUUCUGCAAAGGAUAAGUUUGUAUUGACCCAAGAUAUUUGUGUGAUGUGUGGUGCAAUUGGCACUGACCAGGAAGGGUGCUUAAUUGCUUGUGCACAGUGCGGUCAGUGUUAUCACCCUUAUUGCGCUAAUGUAAAAGUUACUAAGGUAAUAUUACAAAAGGGUUGGCGGUGCCUUGAUUGUACAGUAUGCGAAGGUUGCGGAGAAAGGAAUGACGAGGGUCGUUUGAUUUUAUGCGACGAUUGUGAUAUCAGUUAUCAUAUUUACUGCAUGGAUCCACCACUGGAUUAUGUGCCACACGGUACUUGGAAGUGCAAAUGGUGCGCACAUUGCCAAACAUGUGGUUCGAAUGAUCCAGGAUUUAAUAGCAGUUGGCAGAAAAAUUAUACGCAGUGUGGCCCUUGUGCAUCUCAUACUAUCUGCAUAUCUUGUCAGGAGGGAUAUAACGAAGGAGAUCUAAUUAUACAAUGUAUUCAAUGCGAAAGAUGGUUGCAUUGCGCAUGUGACUCUAUCAAAAGUGAAGCGGAAGCAGAGAAAUGUGCAGAAGAAGGUUACAUAUGUAUACUUUGUCGUCCAAGAGAUGUUCUGCCACCUCAUCUUUUAUGUAAUCAACCAAAACCACAACCAAACAAAUAUCCCCGUUCUCCGCCACCUGCGUCGCGCAGUCCAGAAUUGUAUAAACCUUCUCCCCAACAGUACUUGGUUGACGGUGUCUACUUAUCCGAAGCUGGAAUGAAUCAUAUAAAAUCAUUAACAUCCGAACAUCAACAAACAAGGAAGAAAAGAAGAAAAAUGCAUCCAUUGAUAGAUAAAGAAGCAGACAUAAUGGCUACCAUAGAGUCUGUAGUCGCCGGCGGUAGUUUAGAUAAUUCUUUAGAAGAAAAUGGAGCAAAAUUGGACUUGGCAGAUGUGAAAGAUGAACCUACCGAAGUUUUAAAAGAAGGCAUGGUAUGGACACCACGUGGUGACCAACCACCGCCUGAAGGUUUUAGUAUUUAUACAACUGAAAAUGGUAUACCAAUUUUACGACGUAAACGCCAACGUAACUUGCAAAAGUUAGGUAUCGGAGGUUUUAUUGUCAGAUUAAGAGGCACUCGCAAGGAUAAAGAGGAAGAUGGCGAUCCUGAGAAACCAUCUGACUCUACCGUUGGCGUAAGUGACGACAAGCCAAGGAGAAAACCACAGAGAAGAAAACCAAAGACAAAGCUAUCUGAAUGUUUUCCUCUCUACAUGCAAGAGGCAUUCUUUGGGAAAGAUCUUAUGGACACGACCAAAGACAAAGAACUGGAGAGUAGCAGUGAAUCCGACAGUGAGAAAAAUGUGUCUGGAAAUGCUGAUACUAUUCAGCUAUCUCAAGACGAACUAAAAGCAAUGGAACAAGUUAAAGCUAAGCAAGAGAAAGAAGAAGAAAAACUACCUACAGAACCUUCCAUCAAACGAGAAGAAAUUAUGGAAGACGAUGGUAGUGACACGGAAGCUCUUGGCGAUAUUUUACCUAUUUCAGGUGAUUUACUUGAUAGUGAGCUUGUCAAUACCAUCAUGAAUGAACCUGACGAGGAUGUAGCUAAAGCUGGUGAAACAUUAGACGAAUUGGAUGAUACGCCGGGUACGAGUAAAGAUGAACUGACAGAUAUUCUAAGUCCACAUUUCAACCUAGAAUCAAUGGUCAGAGAUACUGGAUUACCCAAUAUGGAUAGCAAAGAUAUCGAAGAGAUAUUUAAAGGGGUUUUAACUGAUGAAUCCCAAGAAUCUCAAGAAUCAUCAGUGUUUUCCGUUCAAGCCCAACCUCCUCAUCCCUCGUCAGCUACAACGCCCCUUGUGUCUCCUUCGCCGCAUCCUGGAAUACAAACAACAAUACCUAUACCAAGACCAGUACCUGCUACGCUACCCUCUGUUGGUCAAUCUAAUUUAAAUUCUCCAAUGAGUUUCCCACCACCAUCUCCAUAUCAUUCAGAGUAUAGCAAUAGCCCACAAUUCAGUCCUGCCUUUUCUGAAGUCCAUGGGUCACCAAGUACAUGGGUCAAUCCUGAUGACGAAGGUACCGCUCCGACAGGCAAUACUACAAUUUCAUACAACCAAAGAAGUAAUCUUAAAAUGGAAGCUGAUGAAGCUCUUGGUCAAGGGGCAACUAUAUCCUCUGUACUGUACGCAAAUAUCAAUCAUCCAGAAUGGAAGACAGAGUACCCAGCUUGGUCAGAAAGAUGCAAACAAAUAUUGAAGAAAUGGCGUGCACUACCCAAUGACAAGAAAGCUCCGUUUCUAACACGUGCACGGGAUAAUAGAGCUGCAAUUCGUAUGAAAAAGACUCAACAGAUAUCCAAGGAUAUACCAAGCACGACCCCAGUCACUGCAACAAGUGCACCUACCAUCAUCACCAAACCUGUCACAACUAUGACAUCAGCUCAAGUUUCUCCAGUAGUAGCUAUGGCCUCCAACCAAAGGCAGAUCGGACUUUUGACCUCAGUGGGCAGUGAAAAGUCACAGGAUAAGAACGGAAUGACUGUGUCCGCGACUGGAGUGACAGUGUCAACAGCUAGCAGUAAUCAUCAUGCGGAGGUGUGUGCGGUGCAGGGACCGCAGAAGCAGCUAACAUCUUCUUCCCCGAGUCCUUCUCCAACAUCCACGACCCCUUCUUCUUCACCCAGGCCCAGCUCUGUGAAUUCUAUUAAUUCCAUUAACAGCCUGGCGCACCAAGAGAUUACCGGUAGCCAGGCUAAAGUAGCUCAGUCGCCAGCCACGCCUUGCACAUCAGCAACUGCUUCUUCUUACUGCAACACGGGCGCCGGUGAAGGGCAGCAUCAAACGUCACCAUCCCAGCAACGUCCUACACCUGCUCACAUUACGAUCAGUACCAGUACAAUUGCUAACAGUCUGACCAUCUCUCAGGCAUCCCCCACUGCCAACGUUAUGGUGGGGGUAGGUCCUGUUCGCCAAUUAUCCUCGGUAGACCACCAGAUUAGAGUGCUCACCCCAUCUGAAAUCAUGCGCACCCUCCCUUCCCUCAGCCAGGAGCACUACGAUCCGCCACCCACUGCAAUUAUUCACACUGUACCUGUACAGUCCCCGGCUAUGGAACAAGAGAGACUUUCCAAUAGAGAUCGUUCCACCAGAGAAGCAGAACAGGAACGUCAAUGGAAACAAUUGCAGGCAUUACGCCAGCAACAAGCACAGAUGCAACAACAAGUUAUUCACGAGCAACGUGUGCACGCUAUUGCCAGAGUUCACAGACAAAUUAGCGAAGACAAUACAACGCAAAUGAGUACUGACAAUACUGCAGGAUUAACAACACAGUUACAAGUAUCCACUUCUCAGGAUGGAAAUCAUAUGGGACCAUUGGCAUCGCCAUCUCCUGGAUCACGCAAUACAUUUGCUGCUCCUCCUGUAAAAGUGACACGAGGGCUAGCACCUCAAAGUCCUCAUCAGGGUAUACCACGUUUACCUAAUCAACCCUGUGCGACAAUGACACGUCCAGUUGGAACCGUGGUUAGGCCUGGACUGCCGAAUAAUUUUACGCAACCACCAUCACCGUUUUCUCCACAAGCUCCACAAUCUCCACAUGAUUUCCCACAAUCGCCAGCUUCUACACAGUCCCAAGAUCAUUUUCAACGUUUUGAUAAUAGCGAAGCGUAUUCCCAAGGCUCCCAAACACCUAGGUCACAAAUAUCUGGCACACCUUCGUAUUCUACGUCUCCUAGAAGUGACGUAUUUUCUCAACCUCCAGGUACACCGCGGCCUAUGUUUAAUGCUCCUACUACUACUCGCCCUACUACUCAUGUAUAUGCACCAUCUCGUACACCUGAUCCUUAUAGUAGCCAACCACCUACACCCUCUCCUGCUCCAAACUAUCCCUCGCCAAGGCCAGAAUCUCGGCAAGAUACACAGCAACCUGAAGUAUUCAAUCAACAGCCGGAAGUGAAUAGACAGUUGCGCGAUCUUCUACAGCGACAGCAGUUUAACAAAAAGAUCGAUCCUGUAAAUCCUACAUGGAAUCAAGAUGGUUCGAAUAAUUCUGAGACUAAUCAACAACAAUUUGACGCAGCGCAUGUACAACUUCCACAACAUUCUCAAGCUACAAGUAAUACGGGUGAAGGUACUUUUAGACAUCCUCUUCCUCCUGGUAUCGUUAGGCCCAGAAUGCCCAUUCAGCCAAAUGUUUUGAUAAGAAACCAAAUUGGUAUAAAUACGAGACAUCCUGUAACAGGAAAUCUGGAUGCCAGGGUACAGAGUAUAGAUCCACGAACUAGAAUGUUGUUACAAAGACCACAAGUAGCUGCAACUAUGCCCCAGCAACAUUUUCAAGGAAAUCAAAAUUUACAAACCCGCAUGCCAACUGUAAGGAAUCCUAUCACGGAGCCGUACGAUGUGUUGCAACAGCAAAGGUUUCCAGAUCCUAAUCAAGGCCAACCUAUGGGGCCGCGUAUAGUACGAGCACCACAGGACAAUUUAAAUCAAGGAAUCAGAAUGAUAAGUACGCAAGGGAUGGUGAGAGCACCCCUUAUUCCAACAACGGUUAGCGAAGCAACCGUCAGUCCUUCAGAACCAUCCGAGAUUCCAGAUAAUGUAACUGCAGAGCUUGAGAAAUUAGAACAAGAGGGAGCACCUAUGGUCGAGGUCGAGGGAGUGAGUGCAAUAUUAGAAGAUCUAGCCGAUGACGAUGAUGAAUUACUUGCUGAAAUGGGAGCAGAUUUUAAUAUCUUGGAAUACGCGGAUCCUGAACUAGAUAACAUAACUGGUGGUGAAAAAACAAAUAUACUUGAUCUAGAUUUAGAGCAAGUUGAAGUAGAGACAAAGGACGAGAAACAAAAGAAGGAAGUCAAGGAUGAAGGACAGAAAUCAACAGAGUUGGGAGCCACGAGUGCAGUGCACACCGAUAUAAGUGACACUUGUACGACAACAACGGUACAAACGCCGACGGAGACAUCAAACGCGCCGACACAAGCACAGACUGUACCACCUAUUACUGUAACAUCACAAACACCGCAACAACCAUCUAACAUUAUGCCUCAAUCGCAUGCGCAAGCUGUUGUUGUGCAACAACAAAUGCAUCAACACGUUCAACAAGCAGCGGCAAUGGGCAGACCUAUGCCUCCGGGAACACGAUUGCUAUCACCUGACGGAGCAGUUGGUGUUGUUACGUCGACUAACACUGUUACCGUCAGUUAUCCGUCCACAUUCCCUGGACAUCCUCAAAGACUACCACAGACACAUAUUCAAGUAUCUCAGCAACAACGUCUAAGUAUGAGAGUAGCAGGCGUACCUAACGUGGCUGGAAGAGUGGUCGCUGUAAACCAUAUGAUCGGUCCACGCAUGCCGCUUGCACCACCACCACCACCACCUCCCCCACCAUAUCCUGGACCACCGCCACCGUACCCUGGGCCUAUACAGAUGGGACUGUGCCCAGGUGGGCGGGGUAUGACGCGGCCCCCAGUCCAUAUAGGGCACCCAGUACCGGUGGCGGGUCCACCAAUGGCCCCUGUGGUACAUACUGGUACACCCGCAAUGACACCUCACCCUCACCGAAGACCCUUGCUUCUGCAGUCGUUUUCGCAGGAACAACCAUUGUUGCUGGAGGAGCUGCUGGAGCAAGAGAAACGUGAACAAGAGAAGCAGCAACAGCAACAACAGCAACAGCAACAGCAGCAGCAGCAGCAGCAACAACAACAACAACAUCCAAGCGAUAAUGCAAGCACUGGAGCAUCUCUCCUUAGUGACAGUGAGUUUGAAAGAUUUAAAGCAGACGUUUUGGGUUCUGCACCUCUUGCUUCUCCUCCACAAGGAAUUACAUCAGUACCUGGAGGAGUUCCUGUAAUUAGGCCACCUUGUACACCAAGACCACCAUCCGCUCCAGGUACCAGUUGGCAACAACCGGUGCCAGAUGCUUCAAAACUAACAACCCAAGUGCCAAGGCAACCAAUUGCCACACAAACACCACCUGAACCGAGAGUUGCUACCUUUAACAUAACUCAAAUACCUGCUCCGCCUACACCCCCGGAGACUAUCGCGAACGAACAGGAUCGGCAAGCACAAGUGCAGUAUGAACAGUGGUUGAAUCAUCAGCAUCAAGUCUUGACCCAGCAACUGAAGUAUUACGAAACUGAGGUACAAAAGCUGCGUAAAAUACGAAAAUCCCUCAAUAGUAAACAGCGUCAACUACGAAAAUCCGGAAACGAACUGACAGAGAACGAUGCUGCUGAACUCCAACGUAUUUCCAGCGAGCAAGCUAUAUUGCAAAAGCACCUGGACGCGAGCCGCAAACAAACCCGACAACACGGAAUGUUGAUACAAGAAUAUCAAAGUAAACAACAGCAGAGACAACCUCAACAACAAAACAGUGAACCAUGUUCGCCUUUGAUGUCUCCUUCGCAACAGUCACCGAUGCAUAGUCCCGCUGCGGUUGUUUCUCAAAGUCCUGGCCCUGGAAAUGUCCCUACAAGUAUGAUACAGCAUUCACCAGUGACUCCCAUUAUUCAGCACAGUCCAAACCCACCAUUAUUACAACAUAGUCCUGGCAAUCCACAGUCCGGAAAUCCUGGAACAAUGUCUCCUCAUAACAUGCAACAAUCACCUAGAAUCGGUACACCACAUUCUCAAAGUGAAGAAAGUCCUUUCAGUCCUGGCGCUAUGCCAUCUCCAGGAAUGUGUGGCCCGACGGCCACUAGAAUGACGUCGCCUCAACAUCGCGCCAUUAUUAGUGGAAGACUUGCAACUAGUCCGGGCGCAUUUACUCCGGACGCACGAAAUACACAGCAAAUAAUUGGAGAUCAGGGAGUUAGAGUUCACAGUCUUACUCAACGUUUCGUCCGUCCACCUGCUGUAGGAGAACCCGGACAAAGACCAAGAAUGCAAUUGCAAGGAGGAAUAGUGUAUGGGCAACGUUCGCCACUUGGAAGCCCUCAACCAACGCAACAGACUUUAAUUAAUCAACAACACCAACAGAUGCUUCAACGGCAACAGAUCAUUCAACAGCAACAUGAUAAUGCUGGAAUUCUCCAAGAUGGGCAAAAUACUAUAACUCAGCGUACUCUGCAAAUGGCACAACAAAGACAACAAAUGCUACAACAACAACAGCAACAGCAACAAAUAGCACAACAACAACGACAACAAUUCUUACAGAUGCAACAGCAGCAGCAACAACAACAACAGCAGCAACAACAUGCCAUGCAAAAACCGCCAAGUUCACCGAUGGUUUCUCAACCAGCAAAUUCUCCAAGUCCACAACUUCAUCAACAAAUUCAACAAAAUUAUGGACAGCCACCCAGUUCACCUAUGCCUCGUAGUCCAAUGGUUCAGCAAACGAUGGGGUCACCAAUGCUUCAACAACAAUUAAGUCAAACUUCACAACCCCCUAGUCCGAUGAAUACCAGGAUUCACAAUCAUCCUCCUAGUUCACCAAUGAUAUCUCAAUAUCAACCACCGAGCCCUAUGUCUCGUAACCAUCCUUCAACGUCGCCUAUGUUACAACACCAACUGAGUAACGCGCAUCAUCCACCAACGUCUCAACCACCUAGCUCUCCAAUGCCUAGAAGUCCAAUGGUUGGCGGAUCUCCGAUGCAAAUGCAAAGAAGACAAUCUACCGGUAACAGUCCAGCAAUGCCAGAUCGCCCGCAAAGCGUGGAGAAUCCAGGAACUCCAAGGACGCCUCACACCCCGCACACACCGCAUACACCACACGGUACUUAUACAACUCAAAAUUCAAAUAAUAUUUCGGUGCCGACUGAUCCUCAACAACAGAUACAACAGCCUAUUCAACAUCAACAACAGUCGGUACAACAGGAACAAAAUUCAUCAGCCGAUCAUACAAAUAGAGGUGGCGGCGGUGGAAAUCCACAUAAUCCAAUGAAUCCAAUUCCAUUGUUGACUAGUUUCGGACGAUUCGGAUACUUCAAGCUUGGCUUGAGAGGCGGUUCCCCUAUGUGGUCAACAAAAGCAGAAACCAGCAAAGGAAAGACUUCUGAAUCGCAUCUAUUGAACAUUGAUGAGAAACCGAAUACUUCUGUGGUUGUGCACAGAAAGACAGGUAUCCCUCAGUCCAAGAUAAAUUCCUUGGUAUGUGCCGACUAUAACGAUUUUGACGAUGACUCUCAUACACCACCGCAAACUCCACCAACUACUUUAGAAAGCAAACAGGCAACAUCGUUAUCCGAUAACGGACCACUGACCUUAGGCAGUCCGAGUAACAAAAUGGAACCGAUUCCUGACACAACUGAUUAUGACGAUGAUAAAACUAUAGUAAACACCGAGGUAACGUUAAGUUCAACCGCACAACGGGACAGUGACGACAUCACGGUGAUCGAUCAAUUCGGCGAUUCAGAACUCGUUGAUGUAAUAUCAGGAACACUGGAAAGUGACAUGCAAGAGGAGUAUGUGCUAUUCGAGCCUGGAAUGGUUGUGGACCUCUCCGCGGAUAGCAAUGAUUCCCUUUGUCACGCGUUGGUCAACGAAGGCAGUCAAGGGCACGAUUUGGUUCAAAUAUUAGAAAUUGAAAAUCCCGAAUCUCAGACGGAUGAACCGUUACUCAGCGAUGAAGACUUAGUACCAUCCCAUGCGAGAAACAAGAAAGGCCUUAGGCUGGAUAUAGUUCGAACGUUGCAGUCUGGAAAAAGAUUAGUAGCAGUCACAGAUACACCUGAAUCACCUGAUCAAGAGGAACUUAGAGUAGAUCCCUCACCUGGAUCAUACAUGGACCAAUCACCCGAACAAGAUCUUAUGGUUUCUUUCGUUAGUGAAUCCGAAGUAGUGAUCAUAGACCCUAGUACAAAAUCACCGGAGGACAAUUUAUCUAAAGAAUCAUGUACAGAAGAAGUUGAGAAAGUGGAUAGCACUAGUGUUCCGGAACCAUUAAAGGAAAAUACAAUUUCUGAGUCGGUUACGGAUGACCAAUCAAAAUCCCAGAAAGAAUCAAAGCAGAAUAAGAGUCCUACGUCGUUUGUCUUUUCCGAGAAAGUAUUGUAUAAUCAAAUCCCCCCAUCAAGCGUGCAUCAUGCGAACAUCGGCGUCUCGUCUGUCAGCAAGCCAACAGUUUCCUUAUCUACUCUUGGAAGUGCAAAUAUUAGUACCAGCAAUGUAAAUACAACUACUACGUCUACAAGCGUGUUAGUAGCUACAGACUCGGCUGUUAAAUCGACCCCUGUGUUUACAACCUUGAGCAUUACAAAAGACACUGUGUCUACUUCGUUUAACAACAAGAAACAAUUGCCAUCGACCAUGGCGAGUAUUGUCGCGGAUGCGAAAAUCGCGGCCAAAUUGAGUCAAACGGCUUUAGUUAGUUCACAGAACACAGUGAAAACAGAGUUAUUGCCAAAAGUCGAUUUACCAGGACCGGAAGCUUCUAAAUCCAUCACGACAGCUUCGGACAAGCUAACACUGACAACUUCCAGUUUGCAUAACGAGUAUACAUGCUUCGUGCAAAAUGCCAUUACGACUGCAUUAGUGACAGCAAGCAAUCCUACAAAAUUGGUUUUGAGUGUGCAACCGACUUCCGUCACACUGUCCACGCCAAAAAUGUCUAUACCUGAUCUCCCUAAAAAGGAAACCGGAAAUAACUUGAUAUCGGUGUCAAAAGAGAAUCAGUUGGAACAUUUUGACAAAACUUCAAAGAUUAAAACCGAAAAGGAUGAAACUGAUCAUUUGGUGAAAAAUUUGGACGAGAACAACGUGGAUUCAUUGAGCGUGAACGUUGCCACGAGUUCAACCGUAGGAUCGGAUUCAAUAUCGUCAGACAACAAGAAGAAUGAUCCAUUAAAUACAACGGAUGAAUUAGAAAGCAUGUUGGAAGCAAUUCACAAUCCUGCUGAGAAUACCAUAAGCAGGGAAAAUGCUCACACGGACAAUAAAACAGAUGCUGUUUCGUUGAAAAGAAUAUCACCUGUGACGGAUGAUUUAUCAUUGGUAAACAUUUUGGAGAAUGAUGCGGAGUCUGUUGAGAAUGAAAACAAAGAUGAGGCUGUGACAACUUCGGAAGCGCAACGGAUUAACAAUAAGCCAAAGGAGAUCGAGACGAGCAUCGCGGACACCAGCAGCUUGAGCGUGCCACAGAAAGACAAGAAACUCCAGCAUGAUGAAUUGUGCGCAGACAUUGAAACCAGCAAACCAUACGUGCAACACUGUCUUAACGAAGAGAAGGGCAUGAUGGACGAGUCAUCCGAUGAUAUACUGGACAUGCUGCACAAUAUAAUAUCAUCCAAACCUGAAAUGGCUAACAGUGAAAUCCUUCAGGAAGACAGAUCCAGGAAAUCAAGUAUGAUGUACGAAUUACCAACACCGUUGGACACUUUGCCUUUGAACAUUCUUCAAGAUUCAUUGAUGGAUCUGGAGCAGGACCACUCGGAUAAUGAACAUCUAUUGCCGAACGAGAGCAAAGUAUCAAAGCCACGAAAAGCAAGCUCGCCACCUGUAGAACCAACACCGAAAAAGAGUUCUCCGAUUCCGCAUCAGAGUACACCUCUAGUGGUGAGCACCAUAGCACAGUUACAGAAGUGUACGACAACAGUCCCUCAUCUCUCACCGUUAUCGAAACCCACCGAACUGACGUCGAACGUUGCCAACGUGUCGCAUCAACUGAGAACGUUACUAUCCUCACUGCAAACAAACCACUCUCAAAACUGUGCGACUGUAAAUCAAACAGCAAUCGUGACGAUGGUAUCGUCAUCAAUCUCGGGCCCAAAAUUAGGAAAUAUACUGUCGACGACGAGCACGUCCACCUCAAAUUCUGUAAAUAAUCUGCAUAGUAACACGAACGUUCGUCUACAGACGUGCAUGACCACAUCUCACGCGACGACGCCGAGCAAAGCCGACUUAGAGACUACCACAACUAGUUAUACCCCACAUACAAAGGAAAGUACAAAUUCUACAGUAAGCGUUGUUUCUACUUUGUGUAAAGUCAUGCCUUCGGAUCCAUUUUUACGAGUAACUUCCAGCGGGAUACAGUCGCAAUCUAGCAGUAGCCUUUCUUCUCUACAAACAUCAUCUGUGAUCACCCCCAGACCGCCGACCAAUUCCGGGAUCUCAAUUACUUCAAACGCGAUGCUGAGUGCUAUGCUAGCCGGAACAAAUUCCGUAAAACCGACCAUCGCUGGUCAUAGAACCAACACCGCUCCAACGCAAGCCAGCAAUUUGCUGAGCUCAGUCAUGGCGACCUCGGUGCAACGCACCCAGAGUCUCCAAGCGAUACUGCAAGUAAGUUCAGGAGUUUCCUCGGCUCCGUCUCGCGUUGUUGUUAACGCUACUUCGACCACGGUCACAACAUCCAUGCAAUGUGUCAGAACUAUCGUGCCGCCUAUAGUUACAACAAGCACCAACAACAUCAACGUCACCACCAGUAUAUUGCAGUCCACGUUAUCUCAGACACCUACCCUUUUACACUCUCAACUCACGUCUGGACAAAACCAGUACAAGUCGACUGGACAUUUAUCAGUGGAUAAUAAAAAUACUGAUCUUGAGAGAUUGGCUCAGAACACGCCUUCGAAGAAAGACCAGGAGGAGCCGAACUGCAAACUGCAACCAGUGCUUGAAAAAACACCAACUACCAGAUCAGAACUAGAAUUGAACAAAAGUACCACCGGUUCACAUAGGAUGGAAGAGUCGCAGAAUGUAUUGUUGAAACAAUUACUGCAGAACACUGCGUGCGCUACAACGACAUUGUCUUCUAGUUCUUCUCAAGCUCCUAGCUUGCCGCUAGUACCAUCGCUGGAGGCACAACUUGCAAGACCUUUGCCGCCUACACCGUUUUCAGUGUUACCACCUCUAUUGAACGAAGUACCGGCACCUAAAGUCUCCGCCAACAAGCAAGUUCUUACAAGGGAGACGUCGUUUCUAUCACAGUCAGUGACACCUUUGAAGGUACAAAGUCCCCCAACCAAAGAAGAACCACCGAAACCACCGCCACCAUUGUCAACGCCCGCGCCAGUUUUAUCGCAACAACGUGUGGCAGACACUCAAGGGAAUCAACAAUCAACGACCACUGUGACCAAGCAGGUACCACCACUCACAGCGAAAGCCACCGACACGACUCCUGUGAAGCAAGAAUGUGUCAGUACUCAACCACAAGCGAAACCUCCCAGUGACUCUGUCAUUAACAACACUGUACCAGUCCCGCAACAAUGCGUAGCUAGUUCUAUGGCUGUCUCGCGAGUCGUUCCACAAUCAAAGCCCGUGAUCACAACGGUAGCUUGUAAGAAUUUACAGUCUACAACGCAACAAGUAUCGAGUGCUGUUCAAGUGACACAAGCAUUAACCACCGUCACGACAACUACCCAGCCGCAGACGCAACCUCAGCCCCAAAUACCGGUCACCCCAAAACCGCCCAUUGUUUCGACACAACAACCACCCCCACACGUGAAUACAAUACCGCCAUCAGUGCCUCAUACGGUGUCUCAUACUGUGGGUCACCAAGCCCAGGCGUCACAGGGUGCAAAUGCACAACACACAGUGCCUUUAGUGGAAGUCAAAAAGGAAGUUCUGGAUGAAGUUCUACCUAGUGGUACACCUACCCAAUUAACCGAUACCAAAGACUUUCUUACUGCCAAAGAGGAGCUUAUCGAUGGACCGAUUGAUGACAAAACUGAUCUCAAGAAGUUGAAAAGGCGACAGUAUCAACAGAAACGGAAACAAAGCCAAGGAAAAGACGCGGCGGCAGCACCUCAGAAGAAGCGUGCUAGAAAAGUGUCCCGCUUAGACGAGGAUUAUGACACGUUCAUUGACAAUUUAAUGACACAAUUGCGACAACUUCAGCCAAUGGCAGUAUUAGAACCCCUUCUAGGCAAAAAUUACGGCGUGUGUCCUAUCUUUGGUUCGGGAGACUUGACGAAAAUCGGAAGUCAGAAGGAUUAUAGUACUAGGACAGGAGACUUAACGGGUUCCUAUGGAUCUGCUACGUUGCCGGGUGUAUCUGAUCAUUAUAAUACGCAGCCAUUUGGUGAAUUAGAACCGUUACCACCACAACAACCUGCUUCUACUCAGCGAGGAUUUUAUGAUCAAGAGUUCCCGCCUCUUAAGUUAGACGACUCUGAUGAAAAGAAAGAGAACUCUUUGUCAGUAAAUCGCGAUGUCGAUUCCCCUGAUACCAUUGUCAGUUCAUCUUCACCCGAAUGCGUUAUUCCGGAAUUCAUACACCGGUUCCCUGGAUUGAGACUGAUUGAAGAAGAGUCGGACGAAGAGUCUGAUUGGUUGAAACGUGUGUCACCAGUAAUACCUUUAAUAUCCCCGAUACCGAUCAGGCUCAAACCAGCUUAUGCAAAGGAUAUGGCUAAACAAGACAAAGAAAAUCUCGGAAUACCAAGACUUGGGAAAUCGCCCCCAAUACCUCUGAGAGAUGGAAACGUAACAGUUACAUUGACCUUGAACAGCCAAGCCGCAGAUGACAUAAUGGGAGUACUUAAGGACUUGGCUAAUAUUUUAAACAUAGCUCCUCCCACUGGUUACCAGAUAGUAGAACGUACCACUACUCCCCCUAGUCAGAAAUUAGGUCUUUAUAGAACGAAGGGAAAAGAUGGUAAAGAGGGAGCUCCAAUUGAUAUACAAAGUAUUUUGAAUGGCGCUGCGAAAUUCUGUCGCCAUUGCGAGGUUGUGAUGUUAAAUAGUUUAAUAAGAAAGAAAGUAUCAGACUUACCAUUCUUAAGUAAGGAGGAAGCGGAGCCUGGUGACGAGUUAUGUUUCUGCUCGAUGGCUUGUUACAUGCAAUUCGCCCUUAUGCACACAACGCCGUCGAAUACACAAUAUAAGGCUGCAACCAUAGUCGAUCAUCUGUGUCACAAAAUAGAAAAUAAGGUGUUGGACGACGAUUUCAAGAAGGGAAAGAAAUUUGUGGUUAAACAAUCUGUCGAUCCUGUCGAAAGUAUGGAUGUUGAUCAGCUGGAGAAAGAAUCUGAAGUAAAGGUGAAGACCGAAAAAGAAGAUCAAGAUAUUCCCGAGAUGAAGGAGGAAACAAUGGAGGAAAAACGGCCAAAGAAACACCCGGCUGUGGAGGAACAUUCAAACGAAUCGACUGAUACAACACAACCUCCCGCAAAAGUAUGGAGGGGCUCACGAUACAAGACUUGGUCGGUUGGCUCGAUGCAACCGUCUACGAAGUAUAAGAAACCCACCGACAAAGAAAUCACAGAGAUGCUUUUCCGUAUGGGGGUGACAGUGAUACCUGCCAAGGCAGAAGAUAGCCGACGAUGUAUGUUUUGCCACAGUCAAGGUGAUGGUACAGCUGACGGCCCUGCUAGACUACUUAAUUUCGACGUCGACAAAUGGGUACAUUUAAACUGCGCCCUAUGGUCGGAAGAUGUGUAUGAAACUGUAAAUGGUGCCUUGAUGAAUCUCGAUACCGCUUUGCAACAUAGUCUUGUAUUAAAUUGUAUUGUUUGCGAGAAACCUGGAGCUACAGUAAAAUGCUUUAAAAUGCGCUGUACCAACGUUUACCACCUUGGCUGCGCUGUCAAAGAUGGCUGUGUUUUUUAUAAAAAUAAGAGUACCUACUGUUCUCAACAUGUGCAAAAGAACGAGAAAGACAAUGAAUUGACGACACUGUCCGUGUACAGAAGGGUGUAUGUUAAUCGUGACGAAAACAGACAAGUCGCAGCUGUGAUGCAUCAUUCGGAACACAAUCAUCUUUUGAGAGUCGGGAGCCUAAUAUUCUUGAGCGUUGGUCAACUACUUCCGCAUCAACUCGCCAACUUUCAUACACCGAACUACAUAUACCCUGUUGGAUACAAGAUCGUCCGAUUCUAUUGGAGCAUGAGGAGACCAAACAAAAGGUGUCGGUACGUGUGUUCCAUCCACGAUGUCUCCGGCCGGCCAGAAUUUCGAGUACUGGUACAAGAACCGCUCCAAGAAGACGUCGAGUUACGAGAUGCCACGCCUCGCGCUGUCUGGAGCCGAAUUCUUGAGCCACUCGCCGAGCUACGAAGAUCGACGCACAGUGUCCAGCUAUUCCCGCGUUACGUCUCCGGCGAAGAUUUGUUUGGGUUGACCGAGCCAGCGGUCGUUCGUGUUCUCGAAAGUCUUCCAGGCAUCGAAACUUUAACCGAUUACAGAUUUAAAUAUGGUCGGAACCCCCUGUUAGAAUUACCGUUAGCGAUUAAUCCCACUGGCAGCGCGAGGACCGAGGCUCGUCUACGGAAUCAGCUUCCUUGGAAGAGGCCGCACACACAGCGCACAGGAUCUUCGGCCCGGACCACGUUCGUUCCCACAGCAACCGUCGCGGGUGAAGUGGCUUGCCCCUAUUCAAAACAAUUCGUUCAUUCCAAAAGCUCACAGUACAAGAAAAUGAAACAAGAAUGGCGCAAUAACGUCUACCUCGCGCGCUCCAAAAUCCAGGGCUUGGGGCUAUAUGCUGCACGCGACUUGGAAAAACACACUAUGGUCAUCGAAUAUAUUGGGGAGAUCAUCCGUACUGAGUUGGCUGAGACUAGGGAGAAGCAAUAUGAAGCAAGGAACCGUGGUAUUUAUAUGUUUCGCCUAGACGAGGAAAGAGUGGUGGAUGCAACAUUGUGUGGAGGCCUCGCGAGGUACAUCAAUCACUCUUGUAACCCGAAUUGUGUCGCUGAAAUCGUUGAGGUCGAACGUGAUCUUAGAAUCAUAAUCUUUGCAAAGCGAAGAAUCUCACGUGGCGAGGAGCUGGCAUAUGACUAUAAAUUCGACAUUGAAGAUGACCAGCACAAGAUAGCAUGCGCAUGUGGCGCGCCUAACUGCCGCAAGUGGAUGAACUAAAGAGCUCGAUCCACCGUUGUUAUUGUUACUACGUUAUUGGGUAGGUUUUACAUGAAGAAAAAAAUAUAUAAAUAUAUAAAUAUAUAUAUAUAUGUAUAAAUAAGUAUAUAUAUAUAUAUAUGUAUAUAUGAUAGACACAUUAUUUAAUUUGUAAAGUGCCAUUGCAGUUUGACUAAUUGAUUCAUAGUGAAGUUGGUGCUAUGCCAUCACAACAUUCCUCCAAAGUUGUACAAUAUUAGUUUUACUUUACAAAACAUAGAAACAUUGAUCGCUUGUAUAUUACGGAUACACAUGAGGACACGACACAGAAUAAUUGCGAAACAAAUUUUAUGAGUCGUGUGUAUGUAUACAGGAAGUUUGUAUCUUUGUAUGUUGAGUAGAGUCAACGUUUAGUUGACCGAUAUUGUAAUAUAAAUCGUUUAUUAAUUAUUAUUGCAUAUACAUUGCACUGUAUCUGUACAUAAGUAGAGAUCCAUGUUAUUUUGAAUCACCAGAUGAAUUAUGUAAAGUAACAGUAUCUAAUUUAGAAUUAUAUACAAUUAUAACUAUUUCAUUAUAUGAUAAUAAAUCCGUACAAAAUCUACUGAUAACCUUCGUUUUUGUGAAUACCUUUUUCAUAUAAUAUGAUAUGAUAAUCAUUUAGUAGGUAAUAAGAUUGACAUAUAUAGUAUAAAUAAACUAUAUUCACAUUAUAAAACAAAUUUUCUUAUUUUCUAGAGUAUGUUUUAAUAACGCAAUGACCAGUGCAACAUUUUCUUCCAAUGAACGAUCCCUUCUCAUAACGUUUAUGUCUAAAACACAAAAACACAGGUACAUAGCUCUAUGAAAUUUCAGACUUUUUUUAACUUUACGAACAAUAGAAAUCAAUAUACUUACUAUUAAAAUGUAAUUGUAAUACUAUAACCGAUACAAUAUAAAGUUUAUGAAACUGUAGUAGAGAUAUAAUUCAAUUUUUGUGUAGGGAGUUGGAACAAAAAAUAGCAGGAGUUUAUGUUCUCAAUUUUAUUUUCGUAAUCGUAAAAUCAUAUUUACAAAGGAAUAUAUCGCAUGUACAGACAGUACACAGUCAUUCAUCGAGUUCCGGUUAGAAUAAGAGAAGUACAAGAAGUUGAAACAAUAUGUACACUGAGUAUUCUGCUACAGGGACGCAUCACGAUCAUUUAAUUUAUACAGAACAAAUACAACGGAUAAUUUGCGAAGAUCAAUUGUGCAAUUCAGAGGAGGAGAGGAGAGAAAAAAUAAAAGAUAGAAGAGAAAUCUGUUAAAAAAGCUUUACAUACUUUGUUAUAAACUGUGUAAACGCGCGCGCGAAAAGAGAGCAAUGCCUUACAAAAUAUGAGAAGCGAGUAAUGUAAUCGGCGGAUAUACGAACGUAAAUGCGAGUAAAAAAUACAUUGUAAUAAAAAUGUAUUUUAAAUGCGAUUCUUUGGCAUUUAUGCACGAUAUAAUUGUAAAGACGAUCUAACACAUUACAGUAAACAUAUGUACAGUUAUAAAAUUAUUACCUUAAGCGUAAUGCAAGUACGGAGACAAGAUACAACACUUAAAAAGAGAACGAAUUUUGUAUACUAUGAUAUUUGGACAACGGUGUCGUGUUUUUGUAAAUGUUCACUAUAAAAAACAGCUUCAUGAAUUUAUACUUGAUCAGUACUGCGACUAACGUAUACAUUGAUGUUGAUUGUAUAUUGUAUAUUUUCUUUCUAAACACAAUAUAUCUAGCGAAGACAGCCGGAGUGUCUCCGCCCUAACGUGUUCAGAAACGGUUUUUUCGCUUAUUUAAAUAUUACAAUUAACGCAGUUCAGUUUACCAUCUCGAUUUCACACGUCUAUUGAAUUUCGUAGGCAUAGUAUACUCGUGUGAAAUCAAUUUACAGCAUUUCCUUAACAUAACGUUAAAUUCCUUCGAUGAAUGUCGAGAUUUUCUUCAUGUAGAUUAUCGUUACAUAUCUUGAAACACUUUCAGAGCUGCUCUAAUGCAAAAAGAUCAACUAGAAAAAUUUCAUUUAUUCGUUGGGUAGGCUUCACUUUGAGGUAACGUUAGUACCGGUUCAAAGUUCAAUUUUACAUUAUGUCAGACUUUGAAAAAUUCAGUUGUAAUAAACUUGUCUCACUGAUAAUCUCUCUCUGGUAAUUUUGUUAAAGCGGCGAAGAUUAAAACUGUUAAGUGCUUCACCCUUAAAAAUACUAGAAAAAUAAAAUACUCUGGUAUUCUAAUUAAUUGUGAUUCUGCUCCAAAUGAGUUUCUCA